AUACAUAAUAGUCUAAGAAAUUUUAAUUCUCGUACAUACUAAUUUUUGAACGUAUACUUUGUUAUAUUUAACAUUUUUAAACAAUAAUUAUAUAAAUGUUGUAAUUCAAUUUCUGUUGCCGUCGCAGUUUGCAACGGGAGUGCUGAAAACUCAAAAUGCGACAAAAUGUCUUCAAGAACGCAGAGUAAAAACGUAUGAAAAUGUACCAGUCUUACUAUUAAUGAAUUUUAGGACCACUAAAAUUUGCAAGCGAAGGCUUGUAAUCAUGAACAAACCUAUCAUCGACAGGACGCAUACCGUAAUGUUGAUAAAUUAUGGCGGACAAAGGUGUCAUAUGCCAAAUAACAUACAUAACCCCGGCCCAAAUAUACACGAAACACGAGGCCGUUGGGUCAAAAGAGACUAAUUGAUGGUAUUUAGGUAGGAUAAUCUCGAAAGACUGAAAUAAAAGGCGUAUACAUGCAAGGACGAGGUAGCCGGGCUAAGAAGAAUGGGGAAACAUUAAGACGGGACAUAUAAAAGAAAUGAAGAUUGAACCAAAAUAAUGGAACUAACGAAUUUAAAACUGAGCACCUUAAUCUUUUUUUGUGUGUAUUUCUUUAUUUCUGGUGCGGAUGGUUACAUUAUUUUACCAACAGCUUGGUACUAUAUCCGUAGUCUUGGGCUCUCAAAAAAUUUCUACAGCGCUGUUCUGGCAGCCCAAUCUUUGGGUUUUAUACUAAUGUCGCCAAUUGUUGGGAAACUCGCAGAUAAAACAAGAAGGGUGAAAUUGAUCCUGUUUAUGAGUGUUUUGGUUAAAGCGAUAUCGAAAUUAGUCUACGCCAUUCCAGUGUCUGGUUAUUUCCCUCUCGCGGGAUGUUUUUUCUCUGGGGCUGCAAACGCUGCUUAUUCCGCAAUGUACGGUGAAAUCGUUCGAUACACGGCGAAUGAAUAUCGAUCAAAACUGUUUAUAUUGUUCGACUCUGUAUUUACCCUGGGGGCAUCAUGCGGACCACUUUUCGGAGGCCUGGUUACGUUUAGUGGAAGUAUCCUGGGCUUGAAAAUCAAUGAUGGCAAUUCUCCAGGAAUUGUCUUAGCAGCCAUUUGGUUCGUAGCCUUGUGUGUACUCAUCUUCCUACCAUCUGAUCUUGGGACAAGCGAAAUUGGUCUUUUAGAUGAAAUCAGUUUAUCUGACGGUGGCGGGAAUCAUGAUGACGUGAUGAAGAGUUUCAACUCGUCGGUAUUGUGUUUGUAUUAUAUUGAUUUUUCAAACUCUCUUUUAGCAAGUACCUGCUCUGGAAUUAUCCCUCUUUUAACGAUGGAAUUGUUCUCCUUAAAGCUUAUACAUGUAAAGCUUUUAUUCGCUGUCGGAAUGAUGUUUGUAUUUUUCGUAUGUUCAGUAAGUUAUAUUGCAACAAAACACUGCAGUGAACGCGUUCUAUUACUAUGUUCCAUAAUUUUACCAAUACCGUCAAUGCUCAUGUUAUGUACCUACGCGAUUCUAUGGACAAAAGUUUCAUUUUCAAUGAGUUAUACACUCGUCAUUUACAUUUGUUUUGGAUUGCCAUUACCAUGUUAUCCGUUUGCUGGUUCCCUGUUAUCGAAAAUCACGCCUUCGCGACAUGCCAGCACUAUUCAAAGUGGUGCAGUGAUCAAUUUUUUCGUGGCGGCAUUAAUAGGACGUGGGAUAUCAGGAGUGGUGUUUACUCAAACAUUGCUUAUUGCAUACAGUAUUGUCCUUGCCCUCAUGUGGUCAGUUGGUGCCGCUUGGCUUGCUUUCGUAUUUCGUCGUUUGCCUCCCUGAACUGGUUCCUGGAAACUCGUCACUGUAGACUUGUGGGAUGCAUGCUAUUGAGUACGAAGUUAAAUACUGUAUUGAAAGCAAUAUAUUCAUAUGGAAUAUUUACUUGUUAGUAAAGUUUAU